AUGUAUGCUUUUCACCAAGAACAGCAUCUUUAUGCCUUGCAUAUGGCACAAGAAGAAAUGCUAAAAUCUACCCGCGAAAAAAGUUGGGUAAUGACCUCUAAUGAGGCUGGAUUCGUCAAACUUCCCAAUGAACGAAUUCUUUAUACUUCACCCCCUCGAACGAGUUUACAAAUUUCUACAACGACUACCCCUCCUGGCGCAGAGCCAUAUUCAGCCAAAAGUGACGCUGGGGUUGUCUAUAUCAGUAACCAACGAGUAGGUGCAUCUAUUCUGCUUCCGCAUGUUUGGGACUAUUUGCUGAUUCCCGUGAAGAUAAUUUAUCUUCCAAGUACACCUACUCCCGAACUUCAAUCAUUUUCUUCGCCAAUUCUCAACUUGCAAGAUAGCUAUGUUCGUGCGCCAUUCUUCGGCGCCAAUUACUGGACGGCUCUCUGCAAGCCGGUCUCGGGAGGUGGAAUUCCUCCAGACUAUCCAUUGGUUGAGCUUAAGAUGACAUUCAGAGAAGGCGGGGCUUUCGAUUUUCAUUCUUGUUUGGAGCAAAUAAAGGAGCGUCUAUACCAAGUUUAUAGUGUCGCACGCGAACACGGGGGAAGGGGAACGAGUGGAGUAGAUUUGGCGAACAUGGAUUUAGAGCAAUUACCUGCUUAUGAAGCUGCGACAGAGGUUACAGAUGAAGCACCUGAGGUAGCUCGAGAUAGCGGGGUAUCAAGCACAACUGGAAGUUCACGGCCCGAGACCUUCACCGCGCCAGCUGAGCCCCCUCCAGAUUAUGAAGAAGCACAAGCACAAGCCGUUUCGGUGGACCUGGAUCAGCGACUACGAGAGCAGGCCGAGAGACAAUGA